CCUCGCUUUUAAAUCCUAUCGCUUUCACCAUAUCGUGAUUACGUUCUGCAUCUCUCUCUCUAACUCACUGAGUUACGUUCCGUUGGACUCAGCUAAUCAUGAGGCGUUUCAGGCGAUUCGAGGUCAUUGAAGAACCAUGCUUCUUCAGAGAAACCUCGAUUGUUUGUCCAAAAACCCUCACUUUCCCCUUGUUCAUUGAAGAAGAUCUUGAUGUUAGCUGCGCUCUUGAUCUCUUCAAUUUCAGCCGUUUCACGCUUCCGAGCCCCUUCGAUUUCGACGUAGACGAUGUCGUAACUGAUCUGGUGCGCAUUGAUCGGACGCCGUUGUUUAAGCGAGUUCAGCGAGUGGAGAGGCUGGUGGGAACUGACUUCCACUUGCAGUCUCUGAGCGACCGUGUGGCCGAGUUGGAAUCGCGGUUCGAUCGGCUGGUUAAGUCGAAGGGGAUCGACAGCAGAGAGCGGAAAUACACGUGGACGGCCGAGAUCAAGGGUCCGGAAGAGGAAGGGUUUGAUAGGAAGUACCAAUGGGUAGCAGAAAUCGUAGAAGAAGCGAAGAAGAAGGAAGAGGAGAAGGAGAGGAAGAAGAAGACGAAGUGUGGGAUUGCGAAGAACUUCAAAUGGACCGCUGAGAUUAAAGGAAAAGGGGAGGAUAGUGGGAGUUCAAGAAAAUACAAGUUUGAGGUAGACUGUGGGGAUCUCGAAAAGGACAAGAAAGAGAAGGAAAAGAAGAAGGGUGAUAAAGAUCAGGAGAAAAAGAAUGAAUUGCGCAUUGUGGAGAUUGAGGAGCCCCGUGAAGAAGGAGCUGUCAUUUUGAGACAGGCAUUUGCGAAGAGGUUUGGAGCUGUCCAAAACCAGAGGGGCAAGAAGAAGGAGUUAUCUGCUCAAGAUGCUGCAUUGUUGAUCCAAAUGAGCUUUAGGGCUUAUUUGAUCCGAAGGUCAAAGGCUCUCCGUGCCCUUAGAGAACUUGCUGUUGCAAAAUCAAAGUUAAAGGAAAUCAGGGCUCAGUUCAAUAACUUUGCAUACCGACGUCGUUUAUGCCGUGAUGCGGUGGAGCGCCAAAAGUUCUCUGAGAAAAUCAUUGUACUGCUUCUCACUGUCGAUGCCAUUGAGGGAGUUGACAUGAUGGUGCGAUCUGCAAAGAGGUCAAUGGUGGACGAGCUGGAAGCUAUGCUUGAUGUUGUGGACCCUCAGCCUGCAGGUAGAUCUCUGUCCAUCAAACGAAGGACCUUCGACAUGCCAGAUGGCCUCAUUCGCAAGGAAAUUGAAGAAGGAGUUGCUCAUAUCGUGCAAAUGAUUGAUGAAGCCGAUCAGAGCAGCAGCACUUUUGAAGCUUGCUAAGAGAGCUAAGGGGCAAUAAACCAACUCAGCCACAACCGUAUUGAACAUAACAUGAACUUGUGUUUUAUACGGAUUAGUGUUGGCGUGCUUCUUAGGAGAUGAUAUUUAUGCGCUUUUGAACUGGCAUGGUGGUUGAUUGCUAGGUGUAUUUUAGUCUUGCAUUUUGGAGACUUCUAAACUGAGCUUUCAUCUUAUGGUUUUUGUGUUGUUGAACCUUAUGUGGAAUGAAAGAUGUUGGCUUGUUUUGCGGAUCAUUUUUGAAUGGUCCCUUUUGAUGUUAA